UAUAAAAAGAGAGCGCUUUCCUUUCACGGCUAAAAUUUGCAGCAGCGGGUGGAAUCGAUUCAUAAGGCGAUUUAGAGACAGAGCGGUUGUAUCCUGUGAGCCGCAAAAGACUUGUUCCUUGUUUUUUCUUUGCUCCCACAUCUUUGGAACACAUCCUCAUUCGCAAAAAAAAAAACCACCUUUUUUUCUUGGUGUCCUGAAGAGGAGGAGAAACAUAAGGAGAAGAUGACCAGCGGGGUUGCAGGGCAUAACGUGUUCGUUUAUGGCAGCCUCAUGGCCGACGACGUCGUUCGCAUCCUCCUCAAUCGCGUCCCUCUCUCUGUCUCCGCCGUCCUCCCCGACUUUCACAGGUUCAGCAUCAAGGGUCGUGUUUACCCGGCGAUUCUGCCAGUUGAGGAAGACAGAGUCAACGGCAAGGUGUUGAUGGGAAUCUCAGACCCUGAACUGUACAUCUUAGAUGAGUUUGAGGAUGUUGAGUAUGAACGUAACACUGUCGAGGUUUCGCUAACGGAUAGUUCGGAGAAGCUGCAAGCUGAAACCUACAUUUGGAGCAACAAAGAGGAUCCAGACCUGUACGGAACCUGGGAUUUCGAGGAAUGGAAGCAACUUCACAUGGAAGGUUUCGUCGAGAUGACAAAAGGGUUUGCUCAAGAGAUAGAUUUGCCCGAAUCGAGGACGAGAGUGGCCACAUACGAGACGUUCUACCCUCAAAAGGGUACCGAAAACUCUCCGUCCUCUGAAUGAUUAUCCAAUUCUUUCAUAUUGUCAAUGGAAGCACUGAAAAUCAGAUGAGAGAUUUGUGGUUUAACCAUAUGACAGGAGAAGAAGAUUUUGUUGAAUGUGAAAUGGUUUCUUUGAUAUUAGUAAAGGUUUUGUUUUGGAUAUUAGGAGGAAGUAAUGAAUGGGUUUGGGUUUGAAACUGAAGAAGAGAUCUCAAGAAAACGCCCUUCUCUUCUCUGCCUGGAAACAGAUGCAGCUUUUAUGGUUCAUUGUUUUGUUGGUUUUGAUCUU